AGUACUAUUAAAGAAAAUAAUGAAGAGCAAGAAGUUAAUGAAAAAAUAACUACUCUUUUAGAUCAACAAGAAAAGGAGGCCUUUAUUCAUAAGCUUUGUACUACAAUCUGUUGUAAAGCUAGAAUAUGUUUGUCUAAAAUUGAUUAUGAAGCC